GGGCAGGUCGGCUCUGGCGGCAGCAGAAGUGAGAGACAGACAGACAGAGAGCUGAGACAAGAUGCAGUACGGGUCUGUGGUCCUCAGUCUGCUGCUGCUGGCCGGCGUCAGCCAGGCUCAGUUCGGGGUGGGAGUAGGACUGGGAGCAGGCGCCGCUGCUCUCGGCGCCGCGGUCGUCGGCGGAGCGGCCCUCGGCGUGCUGGGCGCCGCCAUCGCCGGAAGGGGUAGGAGGGGUGGCAGUCGCCGCUUUUCCGCCGGCCGCAGGCGGGGCCGCGGCCGGCGGGCGGCGCUGGACCAGGCCGACGAUGUUGAGGAUGUCGAGGAGCAGAGCGUCAUCUGGGGCUCCGUGGCCGCCGCCGACCAGGACGGCUGCGCCCUCAAACUCAUCUGCCUGCUGGAGGCCGCCGAAAAGGAGGCCAGCGACGACGAACGGACCGUCCUCACCUUCUUCGGCGACCUGGACGCCACCAAGAAGACUGUGGCGGCCUCGAAGCUGCCUUACGAGGCGGCCGGCUGGCUGGGUCAGCACCGCGGCGCCGAGGCCUGCGAGGUGCUCUACGGCGCCUCGUGUCCGUUCGGCAAGGACGAGAUGAUGCAGCUCGUCUCCAGUGUCUGGGCAGACAACACCAAUAAGGAGGUCAACAAGACGCUCACCGCCUGAGGCAGCAGUUGAAAAUGUUUAGAAACAAUAUUGCUGAUGCCAUGGGAAAUGUAUCCAGCGACAUAAAAAGAUGUACCUGAGCAGCACAUCACUACGACCACAGGGAUUUGGACAUUGGAGUGGUAGCCGGUAGCCAUAUUUACAUUAACAUCGGCACUGUCAAUACAAAGUGAUGAAAACCCGAUUGAUUCUCAAACACACAGUGACGUAUCCCUCGAUUUAUCAUAACAACAUAGGUAUUUUAUAGAAAAUGAGUGCACAAUACAACGAACUAAAAUGUG